GAAAGGAGAGCGCGAGAGAGGUAGAGAGGGAGGAGAGGAGGAGAGCAGGCUGUGGAUGGACUGUUUGUCUCCGGAUGCUCGAAUGUGCAGAUACGUAAUUUCUUCCAGUAAAUCGUCUUCAAGGCUCGUUUGAAAACUAACCGGGUGAUAAGAUGGGGAAUGGUUCAAUGAAAUCAAAGCGAUACAAACAGACAGACGGCUCUGCAGCUGCAUCCAACAGCAGAGCUCACAAAGAUAAUGGCGGCGGGUUCAAGAACUCGUCCCUGGAGUCCCUCAGGGCCCGAGUGGAUGAGCUGGAGCGAGAGGGCAAGAGGAGGGAUGAGGAGCUUUGUGCCAAAGAGCAGCAGAUCAAAAGUCUACAGGAGCAGCUGGCCAAACAGACGAGAGCUCUGGCCGAGCUGAGCGAAGAGCUCCAGAACAAGUGCAUCCAGCUCAACAAACUACAAGACGUGAUGAAGAACCAGAGUGGAGCCUCAGCAGCUCUGGCAUCAAGAACCCCCUCCAUCAAAACCAGUGGCAAGAACAGCCCCAACCUCGGUGUUCGCAUCAAGGAAACCCUCAAUAGAAGGAAAGGGGCCAAAGCUGGAGUGUCUGCCGAACCCACAUCCAGGACCUACGACUCCAGCAGCCUGCCAAAGUUCUCCUUCGAGAAAGCCCGGGUACCGAAGGAUGCAAGUGUAAAGAAGCUUCUGACAGACGCCCUGAACAAGAACCAGUACCUGAAGAGGCUGGAGCUGCAGCAGAUCAAAGACAUGGUUGAGUGCAUGUAUGAGCGCACCUACCAGCAGGGAGAGUACGUCAUAAAGCAGGGAGAGCCUGGGAACCAUCUGUUUGUCCUGGCAGAUGGGAAGCUGGAUGUGUUCCAACAUAACAAACUGCUCACGUCGAUAACGGUGUGGACCACAUUUGGGGAAUUAGCCAUUCUGUACAACUGCACACGGACUGCAUCGGUGCGAGCGGUGAACAAAGUGAGGACGUGGGCUUUGGACCGGGAGGUGUUUCAGAACAUCAUGAGAAGGACAGCCGAGACUCGACAUGAACAGUAUCGCAACUUCCUCCGAAGUGUUUCACUCUUGGCUAAUCUACCGGAAGACAAGCUAAGCAAAAUAGUGGACUGCCUCGAGGUGGAAUACUAUGAUAAAGGAGAGUACGUCAUCCGGGAGGGAGAAGAGGGCAGUACCUUCUACAUCAUCGCACAGGGAAAGGUGAAGGUGACCCAGACCACCGAGGCCCACAAGUUGCCGCAGAUCAUCAACACGCUGCAGAAAGGAGACUACUUUGGAGAGAAAGCACUUAUAAGUGAUGAUGUCAGGUCGGCUAAUAUCAUCGCUGAGGAGAACGGGGUGGAGUGCCUUGUCAUCGACAGAGAGACAUUUGAUCAGACAGUGGGCACCUUCAAUGAGCUGCAGAAGUACCUCCAAGGCUACGUGGCAACACUUGAUCGUGACGACAAGAAGAGACAUGCCAGGAAGUCAGUGUCACGCCACCAAAGCCAGCCGCUAUCGCCGGACGUCAUCCAGCUGAAGGAAAUGGUGUCAGUGUUCCCUUCAUCCAGGCCUUUUGACCACCUGCAGAUCAUUGCUACUCUCGGGGUCGGCGGCUUUGGACGAGUAGAACUGGUGAAGGUGCGGGGUGAGGACAUCACUUUUGCACUAAAGGUCAUCAAGAAAAAACAUGUUGUGGACAACAGACAGGAAGAGCACAUCCACUCAGAGAGGAAGAUCCUUGCUGAGGCUCGCUCGCCCUUCGUUGUCAAACUAUAUCGCACGUUUAAGGAUAACAAAUAUGUGUACAUGUUGCUGGAGGCGUGCCUGGGUGGAGAGAUUUGGAGUCUGCUCAGAGACAGGGGGAGUUUUGAUGAGCCCACUGCCAAAUUCUGCGUUGGUUGUGUCACAGAAGCUUUUGAUUACCUCCAUCGCAAGGGCGUCCUCUACAGAGAUCUGAAGCCUGAGAAUCUCAUGCUGGAUACUGAGGGAUACAUCAAACUGGUUGACUUUGGUUUUGCCAAGAAAAUCAGAUGUGGCCAAAAAACAUGGACCUUCUGUGGGACACCAGAGUAUGUGGCCCCUGAGAUCAUCCUCAAUAAAGGCCACAACUUCAGUGUGGACUUCUGGUCUCUGGGCAUCCUGGUGUUUGAGCUCCUUACUGGCAGUCCACCAUUUUCAGGGAGUGACCAGAUGAUGACGUACACUUUCAUCUUGAAAGGAAUUGAGAAAAUGGACUUCCCCAAGAAGAUCACCAAGAGACCCGAGGACCUCAUACGCAAGUUAUGCAGGCGAAAUCCCUCAGAGCGACUGGGCAACCUGAAAAAUGGAAUAACUGAUAUCAAGAAGCACAGGUGGUUUAACGGCUUCAACUGGGAGGGACUAAAGGCGAGGAAUUUACCAUCUCCACUGAAAAGAGAACUUACAGGACCAACAGAUCACAGCUAUUUUGACAGCUACCCUCCAGAUGAGGACAGUCCUCCUGAUGAGCUGUCUGGUUGGGACAUGGACUUCUGAGACCUUCUGCUCCAUCUUUCCAUUAUUUUCCCUCCGCUGCACACCUUAACGACCAGAACAUAAUGGACGACGUGGGUUUUCAGGUUAACUCACAUCACUUCUGGCAACCAUGAUGGAGGUCCUCAGGGUCUAGGCAACAGAAGCUUUACCUGGUUACUUUGUGAGGUUUGUGGUCUCAACAUAUAUGAACAGCUAUGAGAAUUCCUCUUUGAGUUGGACUGUAAGCUUGUUAUGAAACUUUCACUUUCUGUCCUUUUGGUUAAUGUAUCUGACUGGCACUCUAGCAAAUCAAGUGAAAUGUAGUGCUGAUAGUGGUACAGUAGUAGCAGCAUGUUACCAUUAAAGCUAAAAUCUGAAAUACUUAGCUACCGAGGUUCUCCUCAAUCUGGGACAGUGGAUAAACACCUAAACUGAACACAGCUGGCAGUGUUUAUGGUAGGGAGGCCAUGUAGG